UUGCAUAAUUCAGUGUCCCCCUCGCCACAUAACACGAUGAUAUUGUAUUCUACGAAAACCGCGAAUAAAACGAUACUCGUAAAGAAUAAGUAUAAAUGAAAACGAAAAAAGGAAAAAAAAGAAAAAUUAACGAAAUGAAUACGAAUGUGAUGGCUUUGAUCAAAUUUAACGUUACGAAAAUUAAAAUAUACAAGUCAUUGUUGCAGACAAUAUAACCUGCAACAGCUAGGUCAAUCAUUGUACAUUAAUAGCACAAACAGUGAAGAAAGAGGGAUGAAUAAAAAACUUAUCACGGCAUUCUAUUUGAUAUUGAAUGUAUUCUUUUCCAUUGUAAUUGUAUUACUGAAUAAAUGGCUCUACGUUCACAUUGGCUUUCCAAACAUUACAUUGUCUAUGAUACACUUUGUUAUUACUUUCAUUGGAUUGAUAAUUUGUGAAAAAUUCGAUGUUUUCUGCAUAAAAGAUAUCGCGAUCAAAGAGAUGUUUUUUAUCGCCAUGGCGUUCUGCGGAUUCGUUGUACUGACAAAUUUAAGUUUAGCUCAUAACACUGUCGGGACUUAUCAAGUAGCUAAAAUGUUGACUACACCCUGUGUGAUAAUAAUGCAAAUGAUAGUUUAUAAUAAACACUUUAGCAUACUUGUUAAAUUGACGUUGAUUCCUAUUAUACUAGGAGUAGUAAUUAACUUUUAUUACGAUAUACAAUUCAAUAUUAUUGGAACGGUAUAUGCAACUAUGGGAGUACUUGUAACAUCUUUAUACCAAGUGAUGGUAAAUAUAAAACAAAAAGAGUUUCAAAUGGAUCCAAUGCAGUUGUUGUAUUAUCAAGCGCCUCUGUCUGCUGUUAUGUUAUUUUUUAUAGUGCCAUUUUUAGAGCCUAUAGAACAAACAUUUGCAAGAAGCUGGUCUCUAAUAGACAUAGCCAUGGUUAUACUGUCAGGUAUAGUAGCAUUCUUUGUUAACUUAACUUCCUAUUGGAUUAUAGGAAAAACAUCUCCAUUAACUUACAAUAUGGUAGGACAUUCCAAGUUCUGCCUAUUGCUUUUAGGCGGUUCAUUAAUUUUCCAUGAAACACUGGCUAUAAAUCAAGUAAUCGGUAUAACUUUAACCCUGGUUGGAAUUAUUUUGUAUGCUCAUGUUAAGAUGAAGGAUACUCAGGUGGUAGUACCAGAUUGCGAAGAUAAAGAGAGAAAACCAUUGCAUAAAGUAUAGUUUUGUAUGACUACUUAUUACUACUAUUAUUACUAUUUGUUUAUUGAUCAUGUAAUUUGAUAGAAAUUAAAUUACUUUAUUGUAUUUGCUAUUUA